GAUGAGGAGGCCGCCGAGUGCUCCGUCCUGAGGUGGCAGCGUGGGUCCCGACCGUGUUCGCCGGAUAAAGGGACGUUUCUCCGCCGCGAGACGAGCGUUCGCCGGCGAUCGUCGCCGGGACGGACGAUGACCUGACUCGGGCACUCGCCGGGUGAAUAGUGCACCAAGUGGGAUUCGAGGAAGUGAAUGUGCAGUGUCCGCGCGCGAUGCUCAGCUCGUCGAGCGGUGUUCGAGAGUAUCUCCGAGAACCCGGCCGGUGAACGUGGUCGAUCCAAUUUAUCCCGUGCCGAACGUGCACGUUUCCGCGAGGCUCCGUUAAAUUACUCGGAACGCCGGCGUAGGGAAGCACCCGGGGGCCGUGCGUUUAGGUGUUGCCGCCGAGAUACUCGCCAGGUGCCGAGGUAGAGUGCAAUUUUUCCCGGUAUCUCGAGCGGCAUUUGAACAAGCGUUACGAAAGAUCAGGAAGUCGCGACCCGUCGGAGUUUACCGGGAUCAUUGGCGGACUCUUUAGCGGGGAAUCCACCGAUGAGCCGAGAGAAGUGGAAGAAUUGCUCAUCACGCUCCGCUAAGUCACCGUCACGUACCAGACGCUCAGGCCAGGCUCCCGGUCAGCAAGUCCAGGACGCCGUACGUGACGAGUCAUCCGUGAAAACAUAUCAGUGAAAUAUCAGUGAGGCAGUGCAUCACGAUCCGCCAAGAUUCGUCACGUAUCGUAUCGGUAAAAUUCCCGGACCGAGAGCUUCCGCGCGUGACAAAUCAUUCGGGAAACAUAUCGUUGACUCCGGGGCGAGAUCGCGGGGGAGGAUCCAGGAAGCGGGCGGAUCAGUGAAAUCCUACGCUGACGCGGCGAGGCGAUCGUUGAACGUGUUCGCAACAUAUCCACGGGUCCGCUCUCUCUCUUUACAAGCGAGCGACGUAUCAUCUCUCCGUCGCGAGAAAUAUAAUAUAGUGCCGCCGCGAGAGUCUCGCGAGCCUUUACGAGCGCGUGGGAUCGAUAGUCGCCCGCGAUAGCCAUCGUUUUCCGACGGCCUGCAUUGUUUCGCCCCGGGUGGUGGAAAAAAAAUAUGCCGUCUCCCGGCACGAGUACGCGGCGCCGCGACGCGCGCGGCAAGUAGUACGAGCGGACAUUGGCGCGACGCGGCACGACUCGACGAGUGUCACAGACCAGAUUUGCAGUUUUGCUAAUAGCAUACGACUACGUCGCGCGUCGCCGCUACAUCGAGUGGAAUUCAAUCUUUGCCCCUGUGUAGUGCCGGCGAAAACGUACGGCCGAAACGGGACGGACUGCGGUAGGAUCGAAGCUCGUUAAUUAAAGGCCGACGGGAGUCGGGACGAGGAGCGCGAGCCACCAGGAGUAGUAGUGUUCACCCACUAACCCCGCUACUAACACGAAAAUGCGCUCGUAAUUAACCAGCGCGCGACAGACUCCGAUUACCGCUGUUACCGCCGGCGCUAUCGUCCACGGGUUGUAGCGCGGUCCCGCGGAACGAUCAUGCGAAUCCCCGAAAAUGCGCAGGACCAGCAGCAACGGCCUCAAGCUCGACCUGACGGAGAACACGCCAGGUAGCUCGUUGUCGCGGCUGCCGAAUCUGGUCGAGCAUGCGGAGACCUGCCAGGCGCUAUCCGCCGGAACCGGUGAGAAUUUGAGCAGCAAACUGCCUAACGUGGUCGAGGGCUCGAUGGACUAUGGUAACGAGCGAAGGUCCUCCCGUUACCUGGAGUACCAAGAGAUCAAGUCCUAUCAGGAUCCCCAAUCGUCCGCCGCGGUGGCGCCGGUCUACGAUGGGGCCUACCACGAUCAGUCGAGGGGAUACCGAAACUACGAUCGUAAGGCGGGUGUCGGCUUCGAUCGGGAGAACCUCGAGAGGUACGACAACAGGAUCUACCCGGAGGACGGACUGAGAUAUAGCACCGAUCGCCGCGUGGAUCAGCGCACUUACCAGGAAUCGGACCUGGACGCGCCUUACGAUCGGAACGACGCGCAAAAGCUCAGCAGAGCUUAUCCGGAGCUCCAGGAUCCCAGCAGGCGAUACUCGCGCGACCUGACCGACUAUGAGUACGCGUCGCGCUACGCCGAGGAGACAUUGAAGCUGGAGCCCAAGAAAGACCACCUUCACCAUCAUCAUGCGGGCAAGAUAUACGAGCCGGCCGCCUCCAAGGGCUAUGAGUCAGGUGUGAAAACCCACGAUUCCGCUUACGACCUGGGCACCUGCGCCGGACAACAGGAGCCACCAGUCAGACAAUAUGAGAGCAAAUACCACUCGGUCAGUAAGAUGUACGGCACUCUGCCGAGGUACGAGAGUAGCAAGUCUUACGAGCCAACCUACGAGUCCAGGCCCACCUUUGAGCCCAAGUACGACGAGCAGUCGUACGAAUGCGGUGGCAAGAGCUACGAGACCAAGUAUGAGCUGACGAGCUCGAAGAGCUACGAGAGGGCCAAGUAUGAGGGCACCUCAUCCUCCAGAUAUCAGGACAAGUCGUACGAUCAAACCUUGAAAAUCGGCGAGCUGGGCUCGUCUUCCUCCGGCGCGUACGUCAGGAAGCAUCAAGAUCAGGAGGAGACCGGCGCGGAGAAGAUGAACGGAUAUAGGAAAAAUAAUUUCGAGGCUUACGGGGUUUACUCGGAUCCUGAGGACGAUCAUGGCUUCCUGGCGGACAAGAAAGCGCCCCAAUAUACGUACAAGGGUGUCGUGGUGAACGUUAGCGGGGAGUCCGCGGUGGUCGAUCAGAAACGAUCCAAGGACAGCAGGCAAACCGAGGUGACCAGAAGCCCUUGGUGCAGGCCAACGAUACUGCUGCUCCUGUUGGUGCUCCUGGUCGUCAUUUUCGUCUUCGUCGCUGGAAUACUGUUGUACUUUAAUUACAUGUCCUACAAGCCGCGCCAUCCCAUUAUCGAGGGUAAGGAUCUAAAUUUCGCCAGUAAUAACGCGGAUUGCUCGGUACCAGCGCGACGCCGCGAUAGAAGCUACCUUUAUCAAAUAACUGUGUCCUACCUCUUACGUCACUGGUGGUUUACGGACAAUGGAUAUCUGCUUGAAAGGAAAAACACAGCGGAAUGA